GACCAACAGCAUAUGCAACAUUUGGAGAAAUUUUAGAAGAUUCUAAUUGGGGUGCUAAGCAUUAUUUACAUAAUCAGAAAACAUUUGUUAUGAUUCAUCAUAAUAGACAAUCUCGUAAUUUAUUAAAAACUUAUAAACAGCAUCCAAUUUCACAUAUUAAUAAUCAAACAUUAAUUAAGAAACAACAAUUUAAAAAGAAAAAGCAGGAA